AUGGGUUACCACCGGGCUUCCCUGGCGCCCCCGGAGCUCCAGGCGAUGCUGGAUAUGGUACAUUGGGUGAAAAGGGUUUCCCAGGAUUCCCAGGUUCUAAAGGUCUUCCUGGAGGUCCUGGAGAACCUGGGAUUGGUUACGCAGGGACCCCCGGAUACAGAGGCGAGCCCGGAGACCCUGGUAUACCCGGUUUGCCUGGAGCACCCGGGUAUCCUGGAGAGAAAGGUCAGUGCACAGUGUGACGUCUUUGAACAGUAG